AUGGCGGGGAAACAAUCCAAAGCCAGAAAACCAGAGGUCUUCGGGAAGGGCAAGGUUAACCCUACACAGAUCGCUUUCAUCGUCGACAGGUACCUCUGCGACAACAAUUUCACCUCCACAAGAUCCAUUUUCAGAACCGAAGCUUCUUCCCUCCUCGCCAAUUCACCCAUUCAUGAGGCACCAAAGACUUUGUUGACUUUAGGUGAGAUGCUGGAUGAGUAUAUCUGCUUGAAGGAGCAGAAGGUGACGUUAGAUCAAGAAAGGAUUGUUGUAGAACAAGAGAAAAACCGGGUUCAGAUGCUGUUGCAAGGGAUGCAGAAUGUAAUGACUGCUUACAAUGCCAGUGGAAACCUUCAAGCACCUGCUGCAAAAUCUGCCAUUGUAGCUGUUCCUCAACCAACAAUUACUAACAAAUCUCAUCCAGGUAAUCCUACUCCUGAACAAAACAAAUUGAAUACACAGUCAUUGCCAAAAUCUAGCAAUUCAAAUGCUGAAGGUGGAAACUUCUCAACGCCAAUGAUGAAUCUGUCUGACAGAAAGAGAAAGGAGACCAAAGCUGUGGAUGCUCCUUCAGCUAGUAAAAAAUCUCGCGGUAGAUCAUCCAAUAGGAAAAUUCCCGUCCAAGGUCAAAAUGCACUGCAACAAUCUGAUAAUGCUGUGAAUAAUACAAUGAUGGCUCAGCCUUCUGCAAUUCAAUCUUCAUCGGAGAACUGCAUACCCAGGGAGUCACAGGUCCAGGGAUCCAAUGUUGCUAAAUGCUUAUUCAACCAGUCUUCACUUUCUGUUCCAAGUAAUUCACCAGUUUCAAAGACACCUCCUAGAACAAAUUCUUCUCACAGUGAUACACAUAUAUCCCCUUCAGAGAUUUCUUCAGUUGCAACUUGCCGUGAGGUUACACCCACUGGUUGUACUGUAAUUUCAACCAAGAGAGUUAUGGUCAGCCCUGCAAAACAGAUGGCUUACAUAGAGAUGAGUCGUUGUAUUUCUCCUCUCAAGACAGAUUCAGACAAGUUAAGUAAGAGGGAUCAUGUUAGAAGCAGGUUGAACUUCGAUGCCUCUGAUGUGCCUGAGAGCUCGCACAAUCCAUUGCCCAAUGAGAUAUCUACAUCUGAGUCUGAAAAGGAACUGGACAUAUUUGACAUUGAUUUUCCUAACUUGGAUGCUUUAGGAAUGGACUUCUCCUUCACUGAAAUGUUAAACGAUCUAGACCUUUCUUGCGAAGGCAUGGAUUUUUCUUGCCAUCCAACAUCAAGUCCUUCUAUGGACAAUGCUUCAGGGUCAUCUCAUGAAUGCGAUAGUAAUCAUUUUAUACCCGAAUUAUCAACUGUGGCUGAAGUUUUAUGUGAGAAAGGCAUGAAAAUACAAGGCCCUGAUUGUAUGACUACAAUGCGAUCUGUAACAAAAAGCAUAACAGUUUUAAGCCCUGAGAAAAACCGCAAGCGGUCAGAGGAUCAGGAAAAUUUUACAUAA